AGUGGUUUUAGUUUCAUGCUAGGGUACUACAUGUACGUGACAGUAUGAGUAGAGAGAACUUGCAUUUCUUGAUACUCUCUUUUCUCUUUGAUUUUUCUGUCAGGUUUUGUCUUAAAUGAAGAAAAGAAGGAAGUACUAAUGAUACAGGACAAGCACAGGCUUGCUCGAUGGAAGUUUCCAGGAGGCUUCUCAUCUCCAGAGGAAGACAUCCCUGACACUGCUAUGAGGGAAGUGCUGGAGGAGACAGGCAUACAUACAGAAUUUAAGGGAGUAUUAGCUUUUCGUCAGCAACACAAGGUACCCAGUGCUUUUGGCCGCUCCGACAUCUACGUUGUGACACGCCUUAAACCUCUGACCUUUGACAUCAACAUCUGUACCACGGAGCUGACCAACGCGGCCUGGACUCCAGUGGACGAGCUCACUACGACAAACGAGCACACUCAUCUGACCGUCCGCAUGGCUCAGUUGAUACAGCAUGGUUUUUUAGAAGGGUUUGAGAAGGUGGAUAUCAGCAUGCAUGAACUGCCUUCAGUCUAUAAGAAUACGACGUAUAAACUGUUCCAUAGGCCUCUCUCAAGCUCCAGUACAUGACCCCUCUUGAGCUCCACUAUAUGACCCUCUCAGGAUUAGAUAGAUGAAUUUAUAUAAUGCAAAUAUUGCAGAAAUAUAGAGGCCGAAAUAAAGGAAAAAAAAAUAUAUAUCAUGCAUGCCUGAUUACAGUCUGAAAUGACAGAAUUUGAAAAGAAAAAAAAAAGACCUUCCCCCAAAAAAUAAUUGUAGGUAUUCUGAAAAAUAAAUGUUUUCCUGCCCUUUGAUGGAAAGACUUUUUAAUGAGGGAAAGUCGUAAUUAAUGGGAAAUUGUAACUUACCGUUGAUGGCAAAGUUUAAUACCCUCAUGGUCAUUACUGAGAUCGUACAUUUCCUGUAAUGGCUACCGGUUUAUAGAUCAAGAUUAUACUGAAACAUUAUGAAAAAAUUAAUCUACAAGAUUCCCCACCAAAACAUGACGUACCAUGUGAAGUCGUUUAUCAAGAACGCAUUUUCUAUAUAGCCAUUAUAGGAAAUGUACGACCUCAGUACCGUAAUUCAUUCAGGUGUACAAGUUUGAAAAUGAAGACGAUAAAAGAUCAUGUGCUUUGUCAUAAGGUGAAAGUAUAUUUUCAAACACAGGUGUUGACAUGUCACAAAUAAACGUGCAAGAAAGAGAUUCAUAGAUACAAUGUUGGGGAAAAUUAAAUAUGUCACAGCUUUUUUUUAUAAAUACAUGUUCUUAGACUCACUUGUCCUAAACGGAAUGUAAGCUGUAUAAAGGGGAGGGAGAAUCAAAAUAUACAGGAAGCAGUAAUGUUGCGUUUUACAUAUAAGAAGAGAAUAAAACAUUUACAGCAGGUUUUUGUACAGAGCUCAUAACGACCCCAGGACAUUAAAGCUCGGUAAUACGCCCAAAAAUAGUUCCCUUUAAUUCUGCCUUCCAUAUUCGUCCAUAUUGCAAGGUUUAUUUCCAAAUAUUUUAUUUACCUCGAAUACAGGCAAGAAAAUGUCUACAAAAUCUAGGCAUUAAGGAGCAUGUACACCGUAUCUAUACUGUAUGAUUCAAUUAUCCUAGUUUACUGAGAUUGUCAAAUCUUCAUUACCAUUAAAUUCCUGAUUAAAAUAAUAUUAACCAAAAUUUUAGUUCAAUUAAUUCUCCUAGUCAAAUAAAAUCUGUUAUAGACGUGUGCGAGCUUAAAGCCCACUCUAAUUUUCAAAAAUUAAAGCUCGUUGUUAAAACUGCCAAAUAUCAAUCUGAGGAGCAUAAGUCGCAUCCGUGCGCCAAAUGUUUGCUCAAAAGAUCGCCUGAUUGGUAUUUGGCAGUUUUAACCUUUGAUUUAUUUACAACAUGCUAUAAUUUUUGAAAAUUGGGCUUUGAGAUGAAUUUACGACAGGAUUGUAUCAUGAAAUUUAAGAGAAAUCAUCCAGAUACUAAUGCACCGUUAAUGUUGCAAUGCUUUUUCAUCCAUGAUCUAGCACCCUCUGCCUUUCAUCUUAUUCUUGGUGAAACCAUUAAUCUGUAGCAACCCUUUGCUUUGUCAGAGGCUCGCCCCACAUAACAUUUACAAAUUCUCUUGACAGCAUUUUCAAUUCAGCACUUUCUUUAGACAUUUUCAUAAAUUACACAUUUCUGAAGAAUAGACCAGUUUACUAAUGUAUCCAAAUAAUGUUGAAUAACUUGUCACCAUGGAUUCUAGAAAGAAACCUACAUAAAUUUGAAUACAUUAGUAAACAGGCCUAAUACAGCUCAUAGCACCUAACUCCUAGAAUCCCACAACCAUUAAGUUGCUGAAAUCAUUGAAUUUGCAAACUUAUGAGGUUGACUACAUCAUGUAGUUCAAUAGAGGGAUUGAAAGGACUACACAAACAAGGUGGGGACCGAGG